AUGUUAUGCAGGAAAAGCUCAAUUCUGAAUGGGCGUGGAUCUGUCUCAGUGUACCUUAAUGUAUAUGAUCUUACCUCCAUUAAUGGCUAUGCUUAUUGGCUUGGCCUUGGAGUCUACCAUUCUGGUGUUCAAGUUCAUGGAGUGGAGUAUGCAUUUGGAUCUCAUGAGUACCCAACAACUGGGAUUUUUGAAGGGGAGCCAAGAAAGUGUGAAGGAUUUACAUUCAGAAAAUCACUUUUGAUUGGAUGGACAGAUAUGACUAGAGGGGAAGUGAGGGGAGUAAUGGAUGAACUUGCAGAAAAAUAUAAAGGAAAUGCAUACAAUUUGAUUUCAAAGAAUUGCAACCAUUUUUGUAAUGAUGCUUGCAUUAAGCUCACUGGAAAUCCUAUCCCAAAUUGGGUUAAUCGGCUUGCUAGAAUUGGUUUGUUUUGCAACUGUAUAAUUCCAGUGAAUUUGAAUUCAACAAAAGUUGGGAACCUCAAAAUGGAAGACAAGGUUUGUGAAGCUGAGAAAAAGAAACUUCGCAGUCGAGGUUCGUCAUCGUCUAAUUCUUCAUCAUCAUCAUCGUGUUCGACAACCAAAGGCAGUCCAAGCAGAAGCUCUUUGCCUCCAUCUUCUGCUUUGAUUCUUGAUUCUAUUCAAUGA